AUGUCCCACAAUCUCCAAUAUCCUCCGAGGUUUUACUGUGUGUAUUUGCUUCGCUCAGUAGCGAAGAAAAACUCGUUCUACAUCGGCUCGACACCUGAUCCUUACCGACGACUCCGACAGCAUAACGGCGAGCUGGCCGUUGGCGGAGCAUUCAGAACGAAGAAAACUGGAUCAAGACCAUGGCAGAUGACGCUGGUCGUUUAUGGGUUUCCUUCAAAAAUCUCAGCAUUACAGUUUGAGUACGCAUGGCAUCAUGCCUACCAAACGCGACAUAUACCAGACAAGAAACGCAUAGGAACGAGGAGCAGUGGCAGCAGCGUGCAUAUAAAAAUAGCUAAUCUCAAACUGUUGCUGAGCGCACAUGCGUUUGGACGCAUGGGACUUCGAGUUGCGAUUUUUCAGAAGGCAAUAUAUGACGUUUGGGUCGUUAAUCGCUACAACGUUGCGGUCUCGGAGUCUGUCCUUUUGAAGCUUGAUUUUGAGGAAAGUCAAGAAAAAUUGAUAGAAGGUGGAAAUUACGAUCAAAUGAAGGCAUUUGUGAAAUCCUUGGAGAAGGAAGAGGAUGACCACUUUGAAAACUCUUUGGAGAAACUCGAGCAAAAUAACACUCGCCAAUGCUGCGUUUGCCAUACAGUGGUGGAUCAGUUUGAAGAUUUGCUAGGUUUCUGUGCUAGCAAAAACUGCCACGCUCUGUAUCAUGUCCAAUGCUGGGCAGAAGAGAUGUCCAAGGAUCUUGUUUCUGAGCCACUUUCGGACUCCGUCCUUCCGCUGACACCUUUGAAGGGCAAGUGUGUCGAAUGCCAAAAGGUCAACUGGUGGUGGCCAAUGAUCAAAAACUCCAUGAGGCUACACCAACACUUUACAGAAAUUGGAAGACCAUGCAUUGAAAAUUAA